AAACGACGCGAACAACGCAACGCGGCGUAGUUCGAAAUUGAACAACAAACCAACUACUAACAUCAUUCAAGGCCGGGGAGCGCGAGUUUGGAUAUCGAACGAGAAACUCAACUGCAUCAAAAUGGUUGUCAACUUUAAGGUGUUUAAAAAAUGUUCACCGAACAAUAUGAUCACGCUCUAUAUGAAUAGGCGUGAAUUUGUGGAUUCGGUGACGCAAGUGGAGCCAAUUGAUGGCAUCAUCGUCCUGGACGAUGAGUAUGUGCGUACGAAUCGCAAGAUCUUUGUGCAGCUCGUCUGCAACUUUCGCUAUGGACGCGAGGAUGAUGAGAUGAUCGGCUUACGUUUUCAGAAGGAACUGACACUGGUGUCGCAGCAGGUGUGCCCGCCACAGAAGAAGGAUAUCGAGCUGUCCAAGAUGCAGGAGCGUCUGCUCAAGAAAUUGGGCUCCAAUGCAUUCCCCUUUGUCAUGCAAAUGCCAAACAGCUCACCAGCAUCGGUGGUGCUGCAGCAGAAGGCCAGCGAUGAGAGCCAACCAUGUGGCGUCCAGUACUUUGUGAAGAUCUUUACGGGCGACAACGAUUGCGAUCGCUCGCAUCGUCGCAGCACCAUCAAUCUGGGCAUACGCAAGGUGCAAUAUGCACCCACCAAGGAUGGUAUGCAACCAUGCACGGUGGUGCGCAAGGACUUCCUUUUGUCGCCCGGGGAACUCGAGUUGGAGGUGACUCUGGACAAGCAACUGUACCAUCAUGGCGAGAAGAUAUCGGUUAACAUUUGUGUGCGUAACAAUUCCAACAAGGUGGUGAAGAAGAUUAAGGCCAUGGUGCAGCAGGGCGUCGAUGUGGUGCUCUUCCAGAAUGGACAAUUCCGCAAUACGAUUGCGUUCAUGGAGACCAGCGAGGGUUGCCCCCUCAAUCCCGGCUCCAGUCUGCAGAAGGUUAUGUAUCUGGUGCCCACACUGGUGGCCAACUGUGAUCGCGCCGGCAUUGCCGUUGAGGGUGACAUCAAGCGCAAGGAUACCGCACUGGCCUCCACCACGCUCAUUGCCAGUCAGGAUGCUCGCGAUGCCUUUGGCAUUAUUGUAUCCUAUGCGGUCAAGGUGAAGCUCUUCCUGGGCGCUCUGGGCGGCGAGCUGUGCGCUGAGCUGCCCUUCAUACUCAUGCAUCCCAAGCCCAGCCGCAAGGCUCAGUUGGCAGCCGAGGGCUCAAUUGAGGCCUAAACAUGCAGCUACCUCAACUACAACAGAAUACAAAGUGCAUAUUUAUAGAAGAAACGUUUAAUCCAAGUGUUAUUUGAUGUUAACAAACAAUUGUAAAGCUGAUGUUGCUGAAAUGUUCUGAACUGCAGUCGUCGUAUUUUCCAACAACUAACAACUCUAUUUGCAAUUUAUGUGUGUAUGUGUAUUAAAAAACGCUAUAAUUAUAAAUAUACCAUUAUAUAAUUAUAUAUAUAUAUACAAAGUAUAAAUAUUUAUCUUUGAUAUAAUACAAAUUCUCAACCAAGAA